CUCUGCUCAACUCCAGUCCUACAAAAUCUCGUCCCACUUCAAAAACACUACCAAGCCAGCUACAACAAAUUGCCCAACCCAGCAUAGCAAUCUAAGCAACCCCAAAACAGCCCAAUGCAAAAAUCCCACUCACUAACCUUCCACCGCCCGAAAUGUCCCUGUGCACACUACGAAGACCACCUCGAAUCCGGCAUCGCAAAUGUCUCGCAACAGAGCCGUGAGCACAUCCGACGCGCCCGCAACGAGGCCAAGGGCGCAAAGCUCAACCCCUACGACAAAACCGCCUUUGUGAACUCGGACAAGAUGUGGAAUCUGCGCGAUCAAUGCCAGAGGUGUGGACUCGUGACCUCGCCGGUUCACAUGCUCCAGGACUGUCCUUAUCCGUGCGUUUACUGCGGCCAUGCUCACCCGGAUAGGCUCUGCGUCAACCAUCCGAGGCAUUUCAGUCAGGAGUGGGCUGGUCCGUCUGGUGUUGUUGUCACGCAGCCGACUCGGGGCUUUGCUCGAGAGCGCGCUCAAACUCAGGCUCAGGCUCAAGCUCAUGGACCUGCUUCGCAGCAGAUGGUGCCAGCGUCAGCGUUCCCAGGCUUUUCUCUGAAUCUCCCGGGCUAUGCCGUUCAGCCUGGCCCACCGCUGAGCUUCAUGCCACACGCAUCGGGCAUGACAGACCAAACACACUGGCAGAUGGCACCGCAAUACCACCCCAUGCUCGCCCAGCAAAUGCCCCUUCCACGUCCACCACCGUCCGGGUGGUCUGCAGCUAACUAUGACUUCCAAGCUCCUGCUAACUUUCAAACUCCAGCUAUCCCCAAAGCCCCAGCUAACUUCAAAGCUCCAGCACGCCCCAAACCCGCGCCCGGAAGCAGGCCAAGCCAGAGCCGAAAGCGCAGCCGCCAGAGGAGAAACACGCACAAGCUCGAAAGCCGGCUCGCAGAGCAGCGGAAGCAGAAGAAAGCUAGCGCAGGCAAUCGUAACCUUAUUGCUCCUGGUACAAGCAUCGCUGCUCAUCCUAAGCCUGUGCUCGCAAUCGAACAACACGUCAAGACACCAGACACACCAGGCAUGCACAUCAAGCCCAUCAACCUAGAAACGAGUGUUCUGACAGCCAACCCCAUGCCCGCACACCGCCCACUCCAGUAUCCAACCCGCGAGCCCACUCUCGCCGAACGCAGCAAGCUCCCGCUCAGGGGCCUGGACAUCCCACUAACACAAGACGAGAUUGAAGAGGACGACGCCUGGUUCGGCGAAUACAUGGAAGGGUGUGACGACGAGGCGGGCGAGCGUGCUGGAGAAGCGGCAUUUGCUGCUCUUGGUCGUGGUUAG